CCCCUUUCCGUUCCAACUACCCACCUAUCUACUUUCUCAUUUUCUUGCCUGUCCAUACCUCCACCUAUCCACCCCUCGCUAUGUCGAAAACGCCGCUUCAUAUUCCAGAACUACGGGCUCAGAUCGCAAGAUAUGUCACCGUCAAGGAUGCCAUCACCUGCGUGCAAGUGCGCAAGGACUGGAUAGAGGACUUUGCGUACCCCAUAUGGCACACUAUCGACUUCAGCUGCGAUAUAAAGCUGCAGUACCUUGAUCAGGAUGUUUUUGCAAAGUAUGGACACCAUAUCCGCGUCGUCGAGAACCUGAAUGAGCAGUGGCAUUUGGAUGUCAUUCUCUGGUCCCAGGCAUCAAAGUUGAGGCACCUCGCUACCGCCAUGCAUAACAUGGUGGAAUUCCAGGCGUACUGCUACGAAAUCAUACAGCGAAACAUCGCUUCACUCGAACACCUGGAUAUCUUGUCUUCAGUGACCCCAAAGCUGUUGAUGCAGAUUAACGCGCUAUCUCCAUAUCCUGCGACCAAGGCGACAUCGAGAUUGUCCAUUCUCAAGCUCUGGGGACUAUAUAUGACGCGAAAUGCAUUUUCCAGGCUACUGCAACAAUGCCCCGCCCUCGACCUGCUGGAUAUUCGUCAGUUGGUCACUCAUAGUCGCCACACUUACGAAACUUUCCAACAUCCAAGCUUAUCUAUCCUUACUGCCUCGAUCACACAAGUUUUCAAUAUGUGCUCCAACUCUCAUGACGCAGCACCUCUCCUUAUCCACUUCCCGAAACUCACUUCGUGGAAAAUACGGGACACAGCACCACCAGCCGCCGUUUCCAUGGAGGCCAUCAAGAACGGAGUUAACCAGUACUGUCCUCUACUGAAAACUCUGUAUAUCGAGACCCCGAGCAACACUACAAGGGAUCUGUUAAGUCAAGCCUUCACUGCACUAACGAGUGUCUGCUUCUUGUACAGCACACUCUCCAUGGAGGUGAUCAUGGCGAUUCUCUCCCACCAAAGCUCCCUGAAAGAGCUUAGAGCUUAUGCUCCCAGCAACACUUUUUACAGCUCCGACGAAGUUCCACAACUGAAGGCUCAGUUCCAGGGUCCCAGCUGGGUCUUUCAAAUGCUACCGCGAUUCUGCACUCAGUUGGAUACAUUCACCUUUCCGGAGCAUGAGAUGGAUAUCGGCGAGGUUGAAAAUGCGAACUGGGGCUGCAUGGACCUAGUGGUACUGUGUAUCAGGAUUCGUGGGCUUAAUACGAAAGAAACGAUUGAUCGGGCGAUCCAGCUUUGGGUAGAUGGAAGAACACAGAGCGAAGAGUCUUCAGGACACAAUAGCACGGGUUUGGAAAACGACCAAUCGAUUGCUGAGAGAGUAGCACGGCAUUUGUUGAAGUUCAAAAAGCUGCGACAGGUCUGGCUCGGGCGCAAGGUCAUGAGCGUGGAGUAG